AUGGUGCAAGUGUAUAUGCGGCAUGGGGAGAGGGAAGCGACGGGGAAGAAGCAGAAGGGGAUUGCGGCUGCGGCUGAGAAGGUUGCUGGGCAUUGGGAUUGUGCAACGGAUGAUGAGAAUCUCAAGUACCUAUCGACAUGGAAGUGGACAGAGCCGACUGCUUAUCUCUUGCCUUUGGGGUCGGCGACGGCUUUUGCUGCUGGUGUCGCUUUCCAAAAAGUCCACCACACCGCCCAAUCCUUCACCUCCGGCUUCCUCGGUCCCAACUACCUCUCCCGCUCCACCUGGCAAAUCACCCCCAACUCCGACUCUUCCUUCAACUCUACCCUCUCCCCUCACAACUGUCCGGCUUUAGACACGGUCUCUUACUCCCACAUUCAACGAUUAUUUCUUUCCCAGAGUUCUUGA